GAGAAAAUAUAGACGUUGUACCAUUGGAGACCGACCCGGUCCGUCUAGUAGCCAUCGGGAGACUGAUAUAGGACCGAUACCGGUUCGACUUGAGACCGAUAGAGACCGGCGGUUCAUUGAAUUUGGAGAUCGGACCCGGACUGGAAGUCCGGCCGCUUAGAGUAGUAACUGGUAGUUAGGGUCAUCCUAUCUUCAAACCAGACCCCUCGUCGGAGGGAUUACGCCGGCGGUGGCGACGACCACUAUCAAAAAUCGUAGAAGAUGCUGUCUUUGCAUUCAAAUUUUUCGGUAAUAGGCAAAACCUCACAACUUAUGCGUAUUGGAAAACACCAAUCUCCGGUGGUGGAUUUUUCUUCUUCCUCUCAUCUUCAUCAACAGUCUCUCAGAUAUGCUGUACUUGGUGCGGGGUUUGCUGGAUUAUCAGUAGCAUGGCACUUGCUGGAACAUAGUCCUAUCGAGUUGCACAUUUCCAUAGAUGUUCUUGAUGAGGUUGGAAUUGGGGGUGGUGCUUCUGGAGUGUCUGGAGGACUCCUUCAUCCUUAUUCUCCUAAAGUUAAGCCUUUAUGGAGGGCAGCUGAGUGCUGGGAAGAGAGUUUAAAGCUUUUAAGAAUUGCUGAAACAGCAAUACAGACCAAGGAAUCAAGCUUCAACAAUGGAGAAAUUGCUCAGAGUUCUUAUGAAUUUAUUGCACGAAGAAGGGGUAUCCUUAGACCAGCAGUCAGCUUGAAGAAAAUGAGCAUAAUGAAUGAAAAUGCUCAGAACUCCCUUGCCAGUUGCAGAAUACAGUCUAUCAAUGAAGAUGCAGCCCAGAUAUUAAUGCCUAACAUAUGUGUACCUUCCAAUUUGGCCUUUCAUAUGCAAGGUGCUAUAAAUAUACAUCCCCAACUCUAUCUUCAGGCCCUAUAUGUAGCUUGUGAAGCUCUAGCUAGAGACAUGUCCAGUGUGGGCCCCGGUGAAAAAGAGAUAAAUUUUCACAAGAAAUCUGUUGACAAUCUCCUUCAACUAGAAGGGGAAUACGAUGCAGUUAUCGUAUGUCUAGGCGCCAGAUCCACUUUCCUUCCAGAACUUUCCGGAAGGCUGCCAUUGAGGACUUGCAGAGGUGUCACUGCCCACUUCCAUCUGCCUGAAAACAUCAGAGAAGAAAUCCCUGAACAUAGCCCCUCGAUUUUAUCAGACGCAUGGCUUGCGAUCCAGAAUCCACGAAAUUUACAUGUGGGGUCCACAUGGGACUGGAAAUCUUGCAACUACUCACAAAAAGUGUCGAUGGAAGAAGCUUCUAGAGCUUUGGAAGAACUUUUACCUAAAGCAUCUGCGGUGUAUCCAAGCUUAAGAAAAUGGGUUUUUCAUGGAGCAUCCGCGGGUCUAAGAGCAAUGCCACCUCUCACAGGCCUCGGAUCUCGAGGUCUUUUGUAUCAUGCUUGGCUCGGGAAAUUAAUGGCACAAGCUGUAAUUUCUUGUGAUGAGGGUGUAAUACCCCAAGAAUUCACCUCAUGGAGACCAAAGUUAUGA